UUUGACCUUUUUAAGUUCGAACAAAAAGCUUAUCGACUGAUAACCAGAAAGCACACAACUGUUAAAGGGAAUAUUUUAAUUAGUUAAUUUCUGAGUAAAAAUAGAGAAAGAAAUCAGCGAUGGGCGUUUAUUUGGUCCAGCAAAUGUUCGAAGGGCAGGGUGAAAGCAGGUGGUAACAGGUUUGCAAUGGCAAGGGUGAUGGCUGCUUCUCCGUCCAUGUCACUCUCUCUCCCUCUAAUCAAGGACUGUUCAUUCGUCGUCCGCUUUAAUUCCAAGGGUUGGCAUGUGGCAAAGGAUGAAGGAAAAUUGAUCUCGGGUAUCUCCAAAACUAUACCAAGUAAUCUACUUCCUUCAGGAUCUUUUCAGUCAGUUGGAAUAGUUAUCAAUGCACUGAAAUAUCAUCAGAAUGUGGACCUUCCACCUGUGUUGCCAAAGCGGAAAAAGAAACCAUAUCCCAGACCUAUCAAGGAGAUAAUACGUGAUGCACGAAAAAUCAAAAAGAGGAGUAAGCUAGAGGAAGCAAAAAUGGAAGAAAGAGUUUUGGGACCCCCAGAAAAUGGAUUACUGGUUCCUGACUUGAUACCAGUUGCACAUCAGGUCUUGGAAGCAAGAAAAAUCUUGGUGAAGAACCUUGUGAAGCUGCUAGAUGUGAUUCCUGUCUUUGCUUGCAGAUACUGUUCAAAUGUGCACGUUGGUUUCAUUGGCAAUGAGAUUAGAGAUUGCCAGGGUUCAGGAAAUGGAGCUCGAAAUUCAUCACAUGUGUGGAUAAAAGGUUGCAUUGAUGGCAUUCUUGUUCCUAUUGAGACCUUCCACCUUUUUGAUCGUCUGGGAAAGCGCAUUAGUCAUAAUGACAGAUUUAAUGUAGAUAGUAUACCAGCAGUUGUUGAGCUUUGCAUCCAAGCGGGUGUUGAUCUUCCAGAAUACCCAACAAGGAGAAGGAAGAAACCAUUGCAUAUGAUUGGAAAGAAAGUAGUAGACCCCAAUGUGUUUGUGGAUGAACCCAAGCAGACAAACCAAGCAGGGCUAAGUGAGGAAUUGGAUCCAUGUGGAAUUCGUCCACAAACCAGUCCUCCGCCUUUGUCUUCACAGGAAAUUCAGGAAGUGGCAGAAACAGCACUUCAGGCAUUCGAUACUAUGAGGGGUGGAGUGUGCAAACUAUUAAAGAAGUAUCCUGUAAAGGCAUGUGGCUAUUGCCCAGAAGUGCAUGUUGGCCCGUUGGGCCAUAGAGUCAGACUAUGUGGAGCUUUCAAGCAUCAAUGGCGUGAUGGAAAACAUGGGUGGCAAGAAGCAACUGUUGAUGAACUAAUACCUCCACAAUAUGUCUACCAUGUCCGUGAUUUGGCUGGUCCCCCUCUUAUGAAUCACCUUAGAAGAUUUUAUGGUCAAGCUCCUGCCAUUGUGGAGCUUUGUGUGCAAGCAGGUGCAGCAAUACCUGAGAGAUUCAAACCUAUGAUGAGGGUCGAUAUUGCAAUUCCAGAUUCACAAGAAGCAGAAAUGGUUGCUUAACUCAUUGUGAUUUGUAGCCAAGUUUGGCUCCUCCACUAAGUUUUAAUAUAUAUUGGGCUGGUGGGAAGUUAGAGAAAGGUCUUGCACAACCCAAAUUCUUAACCUCCACGGGCUCCAAAUGUACAAACAAGCAGACAUUGUAUGUGAUAUUGAUUAUUAAUGAUCCAAUAUUGUUUCCAAAUCA